CCAAAUCCAAUACAGUACACACAUUUGAAGUUGGUUAAAGUUAAUUGCCUCAAAUUGACUCCCGGAGAGACCUCACACUCUCCGAGUCUCCGCAACGACGCCUUCUGUUCUCAGCUAUGGCCUGGCCUCCUACUAUUCCUUCUGCCUACUAUUCCUUUAUACUAUUCGUUUUGUUGUUGGGUUUUGGUUCCCGGAGCUGUUACGGGUUCGGGUUGCAGUUCGGAUUCGACGUCCACCACCGGUACUCGGACCCGGUCCAGGGAAUUCUCGGCGACGAGGGGCUCCCGGUGAAAGGGAGCGUAGAAUACUACGUCGCUAUGGCACACCGAGACCGCAUAAUUCGGGACCGCCACCUCGCCGCCAGCAACGAUCAGUCGUUUCCACUCACUUUCUCCGGUGGAAACGAUACCUAUCGCAUCCUCCCUUUCGGACAUUUGCAUUAUGCCAAUGUUUUAGUGGGGACACCAAGUUUAUCAUUUUUUGUGGCAUUGGACACCGGCAGUGAUUUGUUCUGGCUACCAUGUGAUUGCAAGGAAGGUGGUUGCCUUAAUAGCUUACCGCUAUCAUCUGGACAGGUAUUACUCCUUAACAUCUACAGCCCUAAUAAUUCACCAACAAGUGAAAUAGUUUCCUGCAACAACAGCUUAUGUAAACAUAGUCAAUGCCCUUCAGCAAGCAGUAAUUGUCCGUAUAAAGUUGAGUAUCUUUCUUAUAACACCUCAUCUACUGGGAUCUUGGUGGAGGAUGUUUUGCACUUAAUUACAGAUGAUGAUCAGCUAAGGGCUGUCGACACUCCGAUCACUUUUGGUUGUGGUCAAAGUCAGACUGGUACUUUUUUGGAGGGUGGAGCACCAAACGGUCUAUUUGGGCUUGGUAUGGAGGAUGUAUCUGUUCCUAGCACCUUAGCAAGAAAUGGGCUAGCUUCGAAUUCUUUUUCCAUGUGUUUUGGACCUGAUGGGUUGGGGAGAAUCACUUUUGGAAAUAAUGGCAGUUCAUACCAAAAAGAAACACCAUUCAAUGUUAGGCAAGCACAUCCAACUUAUAACGUCAGCAUCACUCAAAUAGCUGUGGGAAGAAAUUCUUCUGAGCUGGGGCUCAGUGUAAUCUUUGACUCUGGUACAUCGUUUACACUCCUAACCGACCCAGCUUACACUUUUAUUUCUGAGAGUUUCAAUUCCCAGGUCCAAAACAAGCGGCAUUCAUCUGAUUCCUACCCCUUUGAAUACUGUUACGAAUUAAGGUUAUCCAUAUCUAGUUCCUAUUUUGUAUUAGGUUUUUUCCCCUUCCAACUCUGGGGUAUUGACUUCCACUUUGUUUACAGUCCAACUCAAAACUAUGACGUUCCUAGUGUGAAUCUGACAAUGAAAGGUGGAGACCAAUAUUUUGUCACUAGUCCAACAUAUGUGAUCGACAGUGAGGAAGGAAAUGCUGUGUAUUGUCUGGGUCUUGUCAAAAGUAAAGAUAUAAGCAUCAUUGGACAAAACUUCAUGACUGGUUAUCGCAUAGUUUUUGAUCGCGAGAGGAUGGUAUUGGGUUGGAAGGAGUCUAACUGUUACGACGACAAGAAUUCGAGCACUCUACCUGUCAGCCCAUCACACUCUCCUGCCGCUUCCCCUGCUGUUCCGGUCAAUUCUGAAGCCAGUCAAGCCAACAAAAGGAAUGGAAGCAAUUCUAGUAUACCUGUGGCAUCUCCAUCCAGCCAUUCACCCAAGUUGAAGUCUUUUACCUACGCACUCACACUGCUUCUUGUUUCGUUUUUUGUCAUUGUUUGAUUAUGUUUUUUUAUUUGUUAGGGCUUUCUCAACCCGUGUCAAUAUAUAUUACCAGUAAUGUUAGAAAGUAAGACUUUUGUUUCCCUUUUGUCCUCCCAAAUGUGAUGAAAGGGAGACAAAAGAAAAAUUAUUAUUUACAAUCCUCUGUCCAAAUUAAUGCUACUAAAACACCCAAAAAAAUAUGAAGCCAACAAUGCUUCCGAUUCUUUUUGUUUGAAAGGGAAAAAAAUUAUUCCAAUUUUUUCUGUGACGACCUAAGAUAUUAAUUUGGACACGGGAUUGUAAAUAGUACUUUUUCUUUUUAACAUAUAAGCAGAAACCAUAGGUAUAGAGCACUUAUAUUUCAAGUUUAAAUUUAGAGAUUUUUACAGCAGCUGUUAAAAAGAAAAUGAUUGUGAUCCUAUUAGUGAAGAUAUGUCAUUUUCACAGAUUCUGUCAAAUUUGAAACGUCAAUUCAAUAAAUGGAGUUA